UGGCUGCUCAAAACAAAAAUGGCGACGAGCAAUGACAUUGCACAAGAAAUAGCCCUAAUAUUUCGCUGAAAAUUAUAAAGAAUCGGCCUAUGAAGCGUCAAGAAUACUAUGACUUCUAUUUAAGAAAGAUAUAAAAAAAAUAUUUCUUUAGAUAUCGUCACAAAAAAGAGUGUAAUAUAAUGGGACAAAGGUAUACCUUAUUUUUUACCGCAAGAGAAGGAAGAGAAGAGGAUUUGAAAUGGGCUUUGACUGAAAGGAACAUUUCUCCUGAUCUACGCGACCCUGAAACCAAAUACACUGCAUUGCAUGUUGCUGCAUCCAAAGGCAGAGCCGAAUGUGUUCGACUACUCAUUGAUGCAGGAGCAACAGUGAAUGCAAGAGAAAAAGAUGGUUUAACUCCACUACACCUUGCUGUCUAUCAUGGAUAUGCAAAGUGUGUAAAAAUAUUGAUUGAAUACGGAGCAGAUGUUAACAGUACUUCCAGAUUUGGAAGUACACCUUUGCAUCAAGCUGCUUACUUUGGUCACCUGACAUGCGCCCAGGUAUUGCUACAGAAUGGUGCUUUAGUCGGUGUCGAGGAAGCCUGGGGACAAACCCCAUUGUAUUUAGCAGCACAGAGGGCACAUAGUAAUGUUAUUCAACUAUUAUUGGAAUAUAAUGCAUCGGUGAUACAAACAGAUAAAGCGCAUUAUAAGACUGCACUCCAUGUUGCAUGCGAAGCUCAGAGUAUUGCAUGUGUGCAGUUCUUACUGGAUGCUGGUGCUAGUCCCAAUGUACAGUGCAGCAGCGGUAGGACACCUAUGCAUGAAGUUGUAACUGGCGAAGAAGUAGAAGCACUUUCAUAUUUAUUGAUAGAGUACGGAGCAAGAUGUGACAUACAAGAUCAGAACGAGUGCUCUGCCAUUAACUGUCUGGAAGGCUUAGUGCUUAGGUAUUCAAAUUCUUCAAACAUUGAACAGUACAACAAAUACCAAAAGUUACUUGGAUACAUCCACAAAACCCAAGGUCAACCCAAAACAUUGAUGCAAAUGUGUCGUAUUGAACUUCGGCGUCAUCUUUCACCUUCAAAUUUAUACAUAGUGACAGAGCUUGACAUCCCAGAACGUCUUAAGAACUAUAUUUUAUACAUUGUUCAUGACAAGUCAGUAUCCUGAUCAAUUUAAUGUAAAGAUUAUUAUUUAUUAUUUAGAUUGAGAUUGUACAGUCUUUGAUGAAUUUUUAAGUUUUAGUUGAAACCAAAAUUGAUGAAAUAGAUGGAUUUGUAUUAUAUGUCAGUCACUGGUGAGUGAUUUGAUGGCAUUACAAUAUGUCCUGAUGGGCCUAAAAAUUAGAGCUGAAUAUACCAGAAAGGAAAGCUAAUAGUAGAGAGUUUAAUAUGAAAAAUACACUGAUCAUGUAGUUUUUGGAAGUUUGUGAGUGAUAUAUUGUAUAUAACUAAACUGAAGUGUUGUGUGUUUAAGUCAAGAUAAAAUUAAUUAUCAAAGAAACUUGUUAAAGUGUAAAAAUUUAUUCUUUUUGUAAAUAAAUUGGUUAUUACAGUUAAAUAGGGUAAUAGUUGUAGGGGAUGUGUGUAACACACAAAGUCAUUGUCAAUAAAAUACAAGAUAAGUGAA